UUACAGACAGAAAAAUGUUAAAGAUCUUGACGCUGGUUCAAGUCCUACACUUAGCAGCUGCUACCAUGUUCUUCCACGAGCCAUCUAGUGUGAUUAUCAAACCCGAAGUAAAAGUACGCAACACAGAUUUUGGAUUCUCAUUCGCUUUCAAUAGUAAAUUUGGAGGUUUAUUAGUUGGUGCCCCAACAGAGGACAAUGUGGGAAAAUUGUACAAUUGCAAUCUAAAUUUAGCAUUCAACGAAAGAGAAGUUAAUUGCUCAGAUUACCUAAUAGAAGUAGAUGAGCCAGAAUAUGAAAAUGAUCGUUGUCCCAAUCAACGGUUUUACUUGGGCGCGUCGAUAUCCGCUGCUUUGGAUUACGCCUAUACUUGCGCCCCCAUGUGGACAACGAAUUUCACGUCAUCAAACGAAGAAAUAAGAGAUGUUUUCGGAACAUGUUUCGUUUAUAAAAGUAUAGGUCCAACUCGAUAUCAAGGUACCUUGGAAAAAUUCUUGGACAAAAAAAUCACAUUGACUGAUACUGAUGCAAUCACAGGAGGCACUGGAUGGACUACUUUAGCAGAUGACAUUAACGGACUAUUGCUCACUGUAAAAACUUCGCUGUAUGGAGACAUUUUGUAUACGCCGUUGUCAAAACCUACAGCAGAAACCAAAUCUUUAGCGGCAGUGCAAAGGAAUCGUAUAUUUUUAUCAAACCGUUGGAAUAUAGGCUAUGCUGUCACUGCUGGUAAAUUUUUUUCUAGCGUUACGAUGUAUGCAUUCAGUAUGGAAAGUAAAAACAUGGAAGGCGAAAUAGCAUUUUUGAAAUACAAUUCCGUACGAAAUUCACUAUAUUUGUUGAAAUACAAAAAUACUAUAUUGACGUUGGUAAAUAAAGCAAUCGGCGCCAUGUUUGGCUCAGCUCUAAGUGCUAAGGACCUCAAUAUGGACGGUCUUGAUGAACUGCUUGUGGGUGCUCCUGCGUUGUCUGAUGAUGAGUGCUAUGAAUGUGGAGCUCUGCACAUAUAUUUGGGAGGAGACCAGGCAACAAUAAAUGAUCGAAAAAGACAGCGAACUAUACUGGGUACCUCUAGCUUUGGCCGAUUUGGUUCAGCGAUAGUCGGAAACGAUUUAGACGGUGAUAACAAGUCAGAAAUAGUGGUAAGUGCUCCAUACGAGAACGAAGGUAAAGGAGCCAUCUACAUACUGUCAGGUCACGAGAUCUACAACGUACUGAUGAAGGUCCAGGAUUAUAAGACCAUACCGCUAUCAGAACUGAAGCUGACGCAGAGGAUUCAGAAAGAAGAAUAUAGAACGCUUGGGUUCAGUCUCCAAUUCGUUGAAGAUGUAGAUGUCAAUGGGUGUAAAGAAUUGGUAGCUGGAUCACCGAGUAGUGGCACAGCGAUAUUCUUCAAAUGUGUCCAGAAAGUCACAGUAACUCUUUCCAGCAGCCUAAUUGGAGAACAGAUUGUAAAAGAACAAGACGAGAAAUUCGUAGUGAAUGUCUGCGCACGAGUGCAACUACCUGAGUACCCAAUGUACAUCAAUGCAUAUAUAACAGUAUCCAACACCAUCGUAGGUCAGGCAGCAACCAUUCCUAAUCCAGAUUUCAAACUAGAUAUUACCUGUACCGGCUGUUCAAGGGACGAACUGCUUUGUAAAAACGUUACAGUGCUACUGCAAGACAAAGAACCUGGGGACUACAAGUUCCUUUCCCAUGCAGAAAUAAGAAACGAUUAUCUGAUGCGUCCUAAUAAUUCAGAAUUCAACUCGUCGUGGGUCUUAGGAGGUCCCAACAGCAAAUGGGAUACCAGUAUAGAUGUACCCCGACAUUGUAAUGGAGAUGAUUGUAUUCCUAAUCUGACCAUGAAAUUACUAUGGUCUGGCAGCGAAAAUUACACCGUGGGGUCAUCUGCAAAUGAAUCAGUGACAAUCAAUGUGAGGAAUGAUGGGAAUGCGUCUUAUGAUUCCUGUGUUUGGGUGAAAGUGAGCGGAGUGGCACUGAAUCGAGGCGACUGCGAGGAUUACAAUGGAGGGUACAAAUGCUACCUAGACCGGCCUAUGAGGCGAGAGACUGAUUGCACAAUAAGACUGCUCCUGAACAUGACAACGGUUACAAAUAUUGAAAAAGAACUGCAAGUCAUUGUUAAACUUUAUGAGAUAUGUAACCAAAAACUAAUUACUACUGACAACAUAACUAUUCCAUAUAUAUUAAACUCAAGCGACAUUUCAUUGAGUGGCUAUGCUCACAAAAUGAAUAUCACUGACAAACAGAUAAGAGACGCUGAUACUGUGUAUGAUGACCACGAAUACGUGAUUCAAAACCGCGGUUUCAUGACUUGGAAGAAGGUCGAAAUGGAAAUUAAAAUGAACAAACUUGAAUAUUUGAAGUAUUUUAAUAUAUCAACAAUGGAUUUCGGCGUAUGCGCAAAUGAAGAUGAUACCUUAUACAUUGUCCACCGCUGCAUUUUGGACAUAAUGCCAAACUCGACACAAGUGAUUACUGGCACCGCUGAAAUAAAUGCUGGCAAACUGAAAAAUUAUUUGGUAAAUAAAAAGCUGAUGACUAAUUCUACAAGUACAUUGUAUUUGGACGAGAGAUUGUCGCCAUUUGGUACCCUAGUGAACAACGAAAUCCCAAUAGUGCAAGAAAUCACGUUAGGCAGUAACAAACUAUUGAUUUCUUUGAUAGCACUUUUGGUGGCGCUCAUACUAUUAGCAAUCAUCACAUUUAUUCUUUAUAAGUAUGGAUUCUUUAAAAGAAAACAAAAGAAAAAUCUUCUGAUAGCUAAAGAGUCGGUGAGGAGACAGAGUAUUAAACGAAGUAACCAUGCUUCAGCGAUAGAUGGACCAGCUGAAGGUUUACAAAUGGAAGUCGAUGAAGACUCUCCCUUCGAUAAUCCACAGCCAGUGACCACUAAAGACAGCAUAGGAUUAGUUGAAGACAAACCUAAGUAA